AACGAAUAGUUGAGGACAGGUAGUACAUAAAGAAAUAACCGGUCUGAAGUUAAGCAGCCAUGCAAUAACAGCAGCCACUAAGCCCAUAGAAGCUAGCAGCCAAUAAGGAAAUUGAAGAAAUACCGUAAAAGGCAAAUAAAAAGCUGAGACAGAGGAUACGUUGUGCAUGAUUGAAGUAUACUUGGGGGAGGUAGUGUAGUGUUACCAUUAAAAAUUCCAGAUUUUUACUGACAAACUGAACGAUCGAAAUGAAAACACACCAUGUUUUGUUUGUGAUUUAUUUUGAAACCAUCAGCAUCAGAAGCCCUGAUGCAUUUCAAACUACUUCAAGUUUUAAACAUGUAGAGGAGAACAAGGACAAAUAUCCCACGGCGAAUGUUCUACAAGAGUUUCCAGGAACUGUCAGUCUUUCUAGAUGUACGGCAUCGUGUCUUCGCUAUUCCGAGUGUUCCUCUGUGUUUUACAAUGACAUCAAUCAGAUGUGUGUCUGUGCCGGACAGGUGGACUCCAGCGACCUGACACCCUCACCAGGAUACGUCCAGCUUUCAAAGAAUCACUCGGACACGUCCGACUGGGUUCUUUUUGGAAAUUCACAGUACCUUAUUCUACGGAAAAACUCAAACUGGAUUGAGGCUCAGAUUGAAUGUGCCACCUUUGGUGCUCGAUUGGCUGAAAUAGAAACCACGGAAGAAAAUAAUUUCCUAAGAGGUCUUAUUCGGGCGGCUGUUCAAGAUACUGUUUUCUUGGGCGGUACGGAAGUCUUCGAUGAGGGAAGCUGGAUCUGGUACUCUACAUUACGGAACGUUAGUUUCACUGACUGGGCGUCCACCAAACCGGACUAUGGAGGAACAGAUCACUGCUUAACUCUUCAUGCAUUCUUUGAUUUCGCUUGGGAUGAUAAUCCAUGUGGAUAUAGAUUGAACAACAUUCUAUGCGAACGAGUUGUUGUUUGAAAAUAAAU